AGAUAGAUAGAUAGAUAGAUAGAUAGAUAGAUAGAUAGAUAGAUAGAUAGAUAGAUAGAUAGAUAGAUAGAUAGAUAGAUAGAUAGAUAGAUAGAUAGAUAGAUAGAUAGAUAGAUAGAUAGAGGUGGCAUAGUUCUUCCAAAAAUAAUGACAUUAAGGAUUUUGUAACUAAAGAAAAUCUUCCAAACUAUCAGAAAUGUUAUUUUGGGAUUUGGAUGCAUUAAAUAGCUGACAUUUGUGUUGAAAAAUCUGUUCAACCAUUAAAUGAUCAUUUGCCUUCCGACGUUAGACAGUGAUAUUGUUAUAUGCACCAUUCAAUAAAUCUAUGAAUGAAAAAAGUUAUCUACAAAAUUUCCUGUUACUGUUAUUAAGGAAAUAAAGAUAAAACAUCCAUGCAGUGUAACCAUAACAGCUAUGCAGCUGUUGCUCUGUUAGAUUUAUGCAUGCAAGUACUGUCCUCCAUUUCUUUUCAACAGGGCACUUUGCUGCUCAGCUUCUCAGAGUAGCAGCACCAGCAGCGGCUUACUCAUGGAAAAAUGAUGAACGGCAACAGCAGUAGCAGAGGAAGUGGGGCUGAGUCACAUUCUUCUUUCGAGGCCACCCAUUCAGAUGGUUGGCCGGUCCGCCCGGCCCUUCUGAACAAGAACCACUACACCAAUAAAAAGAGUGCAGCUGAGAGCAUGCUGGAUGUGGCUCUGCUGAUGGCCAAUGCCUCCCAGCUCAAAGCCGUGCUGGAGCAGGGGCCUGACCCCACUGUCACCCUGAUCAGCCUCUCGCUCUGUCUGCAGGUCACAGUCAGGGUCCUGCUCAUCUUCAUAGCCCCCCCAGACAGCCUGGAUCGUAGCAAAUGGUGAUCCUGAUGUAACCCUCUAUUCGAUUGGCCUGGCUGUGUGCAGUCCUUGACUGCACUGAGUGGCUGCACCUAUGGGUGCAGAAUAAAAGCCUGCUUGGUGCAGCUUCUGAGGAGAUGAGACUGAUCAGGGAUCACCUUUGGGAGCUCUUGCCUGUGUGGCAUUUUAGUACGCUGGAACCUGAAUGAUGAGCAUAAACACUGGAAGCUGAACUCCAUGGAGAACCUGGCUACUGCCCUGGUUUUCAUCAUCAUGGUUGUCAACAUCUUCAUCACUGCACUUGGAGUCCAUCAGCCAAACGACAGAAACUGAUCAGGAGCACACACAGGCUCUGAGUUGCAUCUUUACUCUUUGCUUCCUGACAUCACCAGUGCAUGUUUGGCCUUUUCCUCUUCUGACCUCUCUAUCCCAGUCCCAAAUCUGACCCAGAUACACGCCGACCCCUCCAGACAGCCACAGAAGUGUCCCAACAGCAAACAAUUUAAACAAAAUCCAGCCAUUUACCAGAAAAAAGAGACUUUGUUCUUCAAACAGAGCCAGAGCAACAUGUGUGUUGCUCAAAACAACAAUGGUGACCCAAGCAUCGACCAGCCAAACUGAACACACUUCUGUUUGUACCUGCACCUAUGAUGCCUGAUUGAGACUUUUUAGUGGGUCUCCUGACCCUAAUCACCCAAUCAUCUCUGUCCCGUAGGUCUACCUAAAUCCCUCUGCUGUGAGCAGACAGGACUGGGUCUGUGCCUUGCUAGACUAGCAGCAGCUGGUGAAUCAGAGUCAACACAGCACGGCCCCUACAGAACUGCUUGUUAUAAUGGAAGCUCUAAUUAACCCGCGUUUCCGCUGUCACCAAAACCUCAAUUAGUAUUCAAGCCAGUGCCUGUUUUAUACACUUCACUGGCUGAAAUACACAACUACAAAAAUGAAAAGUAGAAAGAGUUUGACCUGAUUUUGAUACAUUAUCAGGUUAAAAUCUACGUGACAGAUAAUGGAUGUUGGUGCAACUGCCACAAUCUGACGUUAUUGGAUGACAAACCUACAUCCAGUCUUAACCUUUUCCUCCUCCUCCACUAUGACUGGUAACCGUGGAAACAGCAAGGGGCAGGUUGAUGAUGCAGACUGAUAGAUCAACAUUAGGCAUAUCUGAGGUGCCUGCUGCUUUAAUAAAGUGACUCUGUGAUGGUUUGAAGACCAGAAUAUGGUGAUCAACAACAAGUAUUCUGAAACAAGUUCAUCACUGGCCCUCUCUCACAAUAAUGUGGAUGCCAGUGCUAACGGUAGUGCCUCUUCCCCUUUUGCGCCAUCCUCCUUUUCUUUGUCAGUUUUGCAGGAUUCAAAUCAUUUAACAAGUGAUCAGUGUGUAAUACAGCAUUUUAACUCAUUCACUAAGUUUAUUUCUUAAUAUAAGAUCUCUGCUGCUGCUGAGUAUCACUGAUACCAACACCAAAACAUUUUCAACCAUCCUCAAGCCCCAUUGAUAGGCAGCAUGAGAAAGCAGUGCCCUCUAGUGUAUUUACUGAUGUUGUUCAGUCUGUUAUGAAUGUGUUAAAGUUCCAUGUUGACAGAGCAGAUUAAACAUUUGGUCUGAUAGAAUUCAGUUCAGAUAUCCUGUUUUACCCUGGAAUUAUUAUUCUAUAAUAUUCAGAUAUCUGUAAAUAAUUAGGCCAGUGUUCACCUGUGUGUCUCCUAAUAUGCAAACCCUGAAAACAUUUGUUUGUUCUUUAUUUAUGCAACAACAAAAAAAAGUUUGCAUUGAGAAAAUUAGUAAAAGACACUAAUAAAAACAGUGUAAUUUUUGCAACAAACCUGUGCUGUAUGUGGUAUUACAUGCAUUAAUAUGUGGAAAUUCAAAUACUUUUUUCCAGCUUUAACAUGCCAACACAAUCUGAGGACUCUGGUCAGAUCUGCAAUAGCUUACAUAAGAGCAUGAAAGCCAAUCUCCUAAAACAACCUUGAUUAAUCUCAGACUUUAAAGUGUGAGGAUCUGAAAGCAGCUCUGCACACAUUCAGGUAACUUUGCAAACAAAGGCAGGAGUGUCAGUUUUCAAUUAAUAUUUGCUUCUGGUGAGAAUGUCAGUAUGUCAGCAGAGCAGCAGCAGCAGAGCAGCAGGCUCUCAUUCAGCUGAGCUGGCUCAAUUAUCUACCUGAAAUAGUAGUUUUACCAGCCACCAGGCCCAGCUGACACACCACACUCAGGCUUUAGCCUCUACUCUGGCCAAUAGGCCCGGCCCGGGACAGGCAUCUCGGUGCCAGCCACCAGGCCUGGCCUCAAGGCUCCAGACUCGGUACCAGCAAUCACGCCUGGCACAGGAUCAAGUUUCUAAACUACAUCACCAAGACAGGCCCAGGCUAUAGCCUCAAUACCUGAUCCUGGUUCCAGGUUCAGCUGCCACGCCCGGCCCAGGCUCCAGCCUCAGCAGCAGCGGCGGCAGCAGCAGCAGAGCAGCAGGCUCCAUCCCUGGCUUUUGGGUCAAGAUGCCCUGGCUAAGGUUCCACUAUCAUCUGUUGAAUGUGUGGAAAAGAGGGAAGCAGGAAGAAGAAGAGAUCAAAAGAGUUGAAGCAAUAAGCUCCACUAUUGGUUUGGGUCCAGGCCUCAAGCAAGGCCUGAGUUUCACCACUGGGCCAAGACUCCACCAUCGGCAGCAAGCAACUCCCUAGAUCUCUAGGACCACGAUCAACCAUCAGCCUCUAACGUCCGCUGCACCUCCAGCCACGGGAAAAAAGCUUGUUAACCAAGCCCUGGCCUCUUCAUAAGCCACUGGCAAACCCAGGCUGAAGCUUCACUACCAGGCCCAGGCUCCAUGACCAGCUAGCAAGGUAGGCCUUGAUGUACCAUUGUUCAUCAGUUCUGAAACUGCCAUCUGCAAGGCUCUGAAGCUCUUCUAUAAUCAUGGUUACCAAGGAAGUAAAAAAAGACAUUGAAGAACUGAAGGCUGCCAUGAACAUGAUGGAUGUUUAAGCGCCUCUUGAUUUUUAUCUUGAGAGGCGCUAUAGAAAUCAUAUUUUCUUCUUCUUCUUUUUCUUACACUGCAUAUGUACUAUUGUAAAUGUUUUUUAAUGAUGUGGACCCCAGGAAGAAUAGACUUCACUAUGGUGAAGACUAAUGUGGAUCCUUAAAUAAACAAAUAAAUCUGACAUUUGUCUCACAAACAGCCUCCUUUUCAAAAUCACAGAUAAUGUGUGAUAUAAAAAACAGCAAAACAACCCUAGCUCAAGAGUAUUACCCAAAAAUAUAUUUCAUUCUAAAUAAGUUGUGUUGUGGUUUAAAUUAUAAACACAGCCACAAAAGGAAGAGGAAAAAAGUCACACAUAUGAGAGUUUGGAACUCUGUUUCUGGAGUCUCUGGUGCAAAGGUCAGUGCACCUGUUCUGUCCAACCUGAACCCAUGAUCGCAUGCAGACAGAGAUAAUCCUGAACCAACUGACUCAGACAGCAAACACUGAAAUUAGGAGGCAUCAAACUUUGAUUUAAGUCAACUUUAUUCACCAGAGCCUUCCCACUAUUGUGCAUACUUCAUAUUAGCACAAAAACUGUUCAAUGUGAAAGCACAAUGACUCAUCGUUCCCACUAGAUGGUGGUGUUGUGUUUCUAGGGAGAGAAACAAGUCUCAAAAGAUCUCGAAGUGCAUACAGUUUUUUCUUUUACACGCAGUUUUGAAAAUUGGUUUCAUGUUUUCAAUAUGUUAUCACAGGUGUCCAAACACCACACUCAAUUUGCAUAAUUCAUAGAUUGUUUGCAAGCCAGUUAAAACGUACACACUUCUGUCAAAAAUAUUUACACACAUUUGUGAUAUUGCUAUUACUUUUGAUUAAACCAACACAGUUCUCAA